UAAAAAAUACACUGCAGUGCAAGUGAUUAAAGAAUAUUCAUUAAAUAUGAAUAACUACAAAUAUGUGUUUUAUGAAAUUUGUGAAUACAGUACAGUAUUUUGAAAAGUUUGAAAAUUAAUAUAGAAAAUAGAGUUUUAUUUUGAGAGAAAUUGUGAAUUAAGUGAAACAUAAGACGAAUGCAUAAAUGGUUAGCGCCUUCUUCCAUACAUUUCCUGCAAAUGGAUCGCCAGUUGUUUGUGGACACAGACGACACACUUGUCAUUGAGUUGAGUCAGAAGUUGGCGGCCGACGAGUGGUCGGCAAAAGUGCCCAAAAUGCAGGUCUCCGAGAGAGACGGACAUUGGUUUGCACUGAACAACAGUUCACUACAACUUAUGCUUCAGUUGCAAAAACAGGGGAAACUGUUGGACGGACUGAUUGAGGUGGAAGUGGUGCCCCUCACCAAAGUGCCCACUAAUAUACAACGGGCUAUGAUUGCCAACACAGACACCAAUGCAGACACCAGUGCCCUCAAUGGACAACAUUCCACGGCUUACACCCCACACUCUAUCCCCGACACCGACACCCACUCCAUUGCCCAGAGCUCCUCAAGACGUUUAGGAAAGAAAAAGGGUUAUCACAAACUUGCCGUCGACUCCAUCAAAGGGACAGCCACUCCUAAGCACAAAGUUAGUGACGGGAUGACCACGACUGAGGUCAACACGUCGUCCAUCAUACCAACACAUACUACCAGUGAUGACGAGGAGGACUCGGAACACGAUUUGGAUGACGAGGACGAAGACGAGUUGGACGACGAGAGCACUAGUAAUGAGUCGUCGAGUGGUGAGGAGGAGGAGACGGUUCAGUGCAAUGUCUGCGACCGUUCGUUCGCGAGGGCACCACAACUGGCCGCUCACCAGCUCUCGAAGAAGCACUUCGGCUGUUCGGUCUGCGAAACGGUGUUCCCUUCGCUCACUGCACUCGAGCAGCACAAGGAGACACUCGAGCACUGGUCCGACACCGACAACCACUCCGACUCAGACCACGACAACGACGCCCACAACUCGUCGACCAGCGCUUACCCGAGGCCUCAGAGGGAGGAAUUGGAAAGACUUCUCUAAAACCUCUAACCUUAGCUCAC